ACUCGAGUAACAACCGAACAAUAAAUAGAACUUUCUCGUGUGCCAAUAGCAAGCACUCUGCUGCGACCGCCCGUAUGCGCACUUCGAGAGCGCCCUUAUCGAAACAUUUCCAAUCAGCCCUCGCCUUCCCCCUUACACACCUCCCCCUCCCACUCCUAAUUUCUCACCGCACCGCCUGUUCUCCUACCAAGCGCGCUUCCGUUGUUGUCACUUGCCUAUCGUUGUGAUGGUCGAGACCGAGGAGGCUUCGUUAGUAGCGUCGUUCUCCAAUCCGUACUCCGCGUGCGGUUUCAUCGGCGGUAUCAUCUUCUGCGUGUCAAUUCUGCCGCAAUUAGUCAAGACGUACCGUACCAAGUCCGCCAAAGACCUCAGCUAUUUCUGGCAAGCAUGCUAUUUGUUGGGUCUGAUAAGUAUCAGCAUAUACGGUGUGGCGUACAAGCUAUGGCCCGUUGCCAUCCCCCUUAUAAUCGAAAUCGUUUUCAUGGCAACGCUGACUGUACUCAAGUAUCGCUAUGACAAGCGGGCCAAAAGAAAGGCUGCUGCUGGUGUUGAGGAUGGUGUGGAUGUUACUGCUGCUGACGCUGAUGCUGAUGCUGAAGCUGAUGGUAAAACUGCUGCUGAUGAUGCAGAUAGUGACGUUGAUGGAGUCCAUAAAGUGGGUGAUACACCUGGUGGUGUAGAUGAGUAUUUGGGAGGAGCUGUUGAUGGUAUUGUUGUAAACCCAGCAGACUCGACUGGGGCUUUAGUGCAUAGGGGGGGGCAUUCAUCAUCAGGAGAACCGUUGGAUAUUGUAACUGUUAAUGAGCUGGAGAUGAGAAGGCUGUAGGUGAAACGUAGCCAGGAGUCUCACCUUAUAGCAAGAAAAAGUUUUUGCCCCA